CCAACUUCCGGUCAUGUGGCGGAAACGACGACAUUCUCAAGCUGUGUUUACAACGGACGGCGGCUUUAGCGGUCUUCGAAAAAUACAUUUUUUGUCAAUUUAGAGUGAAAUUUCUUUAAUCAAACGAGCAGAGUGAACAUAUUUACGGAUGGCGGAUCCCGCGGUGGCGUCGGGAGGUUCGCUGAAUGCAGGAGGGCGUGGGAGUGGUGGUAAACCAGCAACCAGCCCUGCAGAGAACUACCACCUGGCCCGACGUCGCACCCUGCAGGUUGUUGUCAGUGCCCUCUUGACAGAGUGUGGCUUUGAGAGCGCGGAGAAGGCAGCAGUGGAGACGCUCACAGAGAUGAUGCAGAGCUAUAUAACUGAAAUAGGUCGGUGUGCCAAAGCUUAUUGUGAACACACAGCCAGAAGCAUCCCAACCCUGACAGAUACAGUGGUCACACUCAUUGAAAUGGGUUUCAAUGCUGACACCCUGCCUGUGUACGCCAAGAGAUCACAGAGGAUGGUUAUAACUGCCCCUCCUGUGACGAACCCACCUGUGACUCCCAAAGCACUGUCAGCCGGACAGAAACGCACACAUCCGCCACACAUCCCCAGCCACUUCCCAGAGUUCCCUGACCCUCACACCUACAUCAAAACCCCCACGUUCAGAGAGCCUGUGUCAGACUAUCAGGUGGUAAGAGAGAAGGCAGCGAGUCAGAGAAGAGACGUGGAGCGAGCACUCACACGCUUCAUGGCCAAGACCGGAGAAACUCAGAGUCUCUUCAAAGACGACAUCACUGCUUUUCCAUUGAUCGCAGCACAACCAAGCACCAUCCCAUAUCUCAGCGCACUCCUGCCCUCGGAGCUAGAACUGCAGACUCUAGAGGAGACGGAUUCUUCUGAGCAGGACGAUCAAACAGACAGCGAGAACACAGCAGGAAACAUCAUCACUGUAAGUCUUUAUUUUUGGAACUUGUGCAGUCUCUGA